GUGAGCCUGAGCAGGCAGCAGCAGUGGAGAAUUGCACUUGGACCUGUGCAGUGGGGACCAGAUUUGUCUAGGUUGGCAGGUUACUAUGACCCAACUACAAACAGCUCCCAUAUGUCUGGUGGAAAACCACAAUGGACAACUGUCGGUGAACCGGAAAGCCAUAGAGAUUCUGGACAAGAUUUCUCAGCCAGUGGUAGUCGUGGCUAUUGUUGGAGUGUACCGUACAGGGAAGUCCUAUUUGAUGAACUGUCUGGCGGGACAGAAUCAUGGCUUCCCUCUGGGCUCCACUAUUCAGUCUGAAACCAAGGGCAUCUGGAUGUGGUGCGUGCCACACCCCACCAAACCGAAGCACACCCUGGUCUUCCUGGACACCGAGGGCCUGGGGGAUGUGGAAAAGGGUGAUUCUAAGAGUGACUCGUGGAUCUUCGCCCUCGCUGUGCUUCUGAGCAGCACCUUCAUCUACAACAGCAUGAACUCCAUCAACCACCAGGCUCUGGAGCAGCUGGAUUAUGUCACAAAACUCACUGAGCUGAUCAGGGCAAAGUCUUCCCCAAAUCCCACUGAAAUAAAGAAUUCCACAGAGUUUGUGAGUUUCUUUCCAGACUUUGUCUGGACUGUUCGGGAUUUCACGCUGGAGCUGAAGUUAAAUGGGGAAGAAAUCACAAGUGAUGAGUACUUGGAGAAUGCCCUGAAGCUGAUCCCAGGCAACCAUCCCAGAAUCAAAGCAUCCAAUUUGCCCAGGGAAUGCAUUAAAUGUUUCUUUCCUAACCGGAAGUGUUUUGUCUUUGACCGCCCAACGUAUGACAUAGAACUCUUAAAAAAACUUGAUACUGUCUCAGAAGACCAACUGGAUCCUAAGUUCCGGGAAGGAACAAAGGCUUUUGUUUCUUACAUCUUCACUUAUGCCAAGAUCAAGACCCUCAGAGAAGGAAUUAAGGUCACUGGGAAUCAACUGGGGACUCUGGUGAUAACCUACGUGGAUGCCAUCAACAGUGGAGCUGUACCUUGUCUGGAUGAUGCAGUGACAACUCUGGCCCAGCGUGAGAACUCAGCAGCUGUGCAGCAGGCAGCCGACCACUACAGUGAGCAGAUGGCCCAGCGACUGAGAUUUCCCACAGACACGCUCCAGGAGCUGCUGGAUGUACACACAGCCUGUGAGAAGGAAGCCAUUGCUGUCUUCAUGGAACACUCCUUCAAGGAUGAAAAUCAGCAAUUCCUGAAGAAGCUGGUGGAAUUAAUAGGUGAGAAGAAAGGGCUUUUCCUGUUGAAGAAUGAAGAGGCAUCGAAUAAAUACUGCUGGGAAGAACUGGAUCGACUUUCAAAGGAUUUUAUGGAAAAUAUCUCAACAUUUUCUGUUCCUGGGGGACACAGGCUCUACAUGGACAUGAGGAAGAAGAUUGAGCAUGACUACUGGCAGGUUCCAAGGAAAGGGGUGAAGGCAAGUGAAGUCUUCCAGAGAUUUCUGCAGUCACAGGCCGUCAUCGAGAGUUCCAUCUUGCAGGCAGAUACAGCCCUCACUGCUGGGGAAAAGGCCAUUGCAGAGGAGCGCGCUCAGAAGGAGGAAGCUGAGAAGGAACAGGAGCUGCUAAGACAGAAGCAGAAGGAGCAGCAGCAGCUGUUGGAGGCUCAAGAGAAAAGUCACAAGGAAAACCUAGAGCAACUGAGAACAAAGCUGAUGCAGGAGAGAGAGCAGCUCAUCAAAAACCAUUACAUGAUGCUGGAGAAGCAACUGAAGGAUCAAAAGGCUUUCCUUGAGGAAGGAUUUGAGAAGAAAGCCAAGGAAAUGAGGGGAGAGAUACAGAGACUGCAACAUAACAUCGAGGAUAUGCAACAAAACAUUGGUUCCAUUGUGGACCUUCUUGUAACAGGAUUUGCUACAGUGACUUUUGGCCCUGUUGUACUGGUUGCAGAGGCAGUAAGAGGCAUUGCUUCAUUUUUUAAAUAGGAUCGGCUCUUCUUAUGAGGGAAUGACAGACUGUGAUAUACACUUUGUUUUAUUCUGAAGCUGGGUGUUUUCCAUUUUGACUCUGCAGAGCAGUUUAAACAUAAAAAGUGCUGAUUAUAGGACAUCUGUGUCCUGUCCACCGGAGGUAGAACAUACUCAUACAUGUUUGCACAGACAACACUUGUCUUUAGAGAACACAUUUUUGAAACCAUACCUAUGGAAGCUAUGCCAUUAGUCAUUACAUGUGAUUACUGUUAGCCAAUUUGACCGGAUAUAGAAUCAGCUAGGACACAAGGUUUUUUACACUCCUAUGAGGAUCAUGUAGCCCAGGUUAGCUUGUGGGGAAUUAUCUCAGGUUAAUAUGGUAGGAAACAUAUUCUAAGUGUGGACAGCACCGUUCCUGAAGACAUAGUAGAAAGCAAACUUGUGGCUUCCUGACUGUGGGUGCCAUGCAACCAGCCAGCCUCCACUUCUCUCACAAUGCAUUCUCUAGCCUUGACAGAAUGUAUCAUUGUGAUACGUGGGCCACAACAAACCCUUUAUGAAGGUGCUUUUAUGAGGGUAUUUUGUCACAGCAAGAGGAAAUGUCAUUGAUGUCGUAACAGUGAUAAGCCUGGAAACUACUUAAACAUCACUGAGUUAGAUUGACAACAAAUUUUAAUAUGACUUGAUCCUGGAGUACUAUAUAGUCAAGAAACAAAUGUCAGUCAAGCUAUCUGUAUAAUGAUUUAAAUCGAGUUAAAAUAUAUCUUAAAAAAUAAAGUAAUAGCACCAUA